UGCAAGCAUGCAGCACAGACAGCCACCAUGACUCCUGCAUCUAUAGGUUUCAGACAUCUGAUUGUUGUCUCUGCUCUGUGACUGGAUGUUUGCUUGAAAAAGUUGGGAUGCAGCAAACACUGAAACUUGCUGAGACAUUUGGAAGGAAGACCUGUCAUUACAGCUUGAGGCUUCAGUUAUGGAUGACUGACAGCUGCACCUUCUGAAUCCCAGAAUGCCUGUUGUGCCAGUACUUGGGGAAUCCUCCUCCCACCAUGCUGUACCUGUUGCGCUCACCUGCUCCUGGCUGAUUUUGCUAUUUCAUUCAGCUUUUGGUCAGAAACCUGCCAAACUGCCUCUGAUUGGCCGAAAACCUUUCAUUGCUGCCUGGAAUGCUCCACUGGACUUGUGCACCUUCAGGUACAACAUAACCACCAACAUUAACCACCUAUUCCACAUCCAGGGAAGCCCACGUGCUGAUUGGACAGGCCAGAACGUCACAAUUUUCUAUGCCAACCGGCUGGGCUACUACCCUCACUACACCCCACAUGGCAAAGCCGUCUUUGGUGGCCUACCUCAAAACUGCAGCCUGGACCGACAUCUGUUCAAAGCCCACCAGGACAUCAACUACUUCAUACCUGCAGAGGACUUUCGUGGCCUGGCUGUUAUUGACUGGGAGUUCUGGCGACCUCAGUGGAGUCGUAAUUGGCACAAAAAGGACAUCUAUAGACGCAAAUCAAAGGAGCUAACCAAGAAAGCAUACAUCAACGUGACUGCAGCACAAGUGGAAGAACUGGCACGGCGGAGGUUUGAGAAAAGUGCCAAGAUGUUCAUGCUAAAAACCAUUCAGCUGGGGAGACAGCUCCGGCCCAGUGCCCUCUGGGGUUUUUACCUCUACCCUGAUUGCCACAAUUACAACCUGCAUGAUCAGAACUAUACAGGCUUCUGCCCCCUGCUGGAGAGGCUGAGGAAUGACGAGCUGGUGUGGCUAUGGAACAGCAGCAUGGCCCUCUAUCCCUCUGUCACAAUCAGGAAGCAUCACAGCAACAGCAUCAGCAACCUGCACUUCACCCAGCACAGGAUCAGAGAGUCGCUCCGAGUCGCCUCACUGACCUCAAAGGAGUAUGACCUUCCCACCUAUGUGUACCUGAGGCUGGGCUACCGAGAUGAGGCCCUCAACUUUCUCACUACAGACGAUUUGAUCCACACCAUAGGGGAGAGUGCUGCACUGGGAACUGCAGGAUUUGUCAUCUGGGGAGAUUUAAAUUUGACCUCAUCCAGGCACAGCUGCACCCACGUCAAGUCCUUCCUAAGCCACCGCUUGGGUCUGUACAUCACCAAUGUGACACGGGCCGCAGAAAUCUGCAGUGAAUUCCUGUGCCAGAGUAAUGGCCGCUGCAUCCGCCGGGACCCCCACGCCCGGCAUUACCUCCACCUAAGUGCUGACAGUUACCGCAUCCAUCCCUCUGAGGAUGGGGACUUUACUGUGAAUGGCUGGCAUUCACCGCAUGAACAGCAGCUACUAAUGGAGAGGUUCCGCUGCCACUGCUAUGAGGGCCACAAUGGUGAGAACUGCGACAGCAUCAACAAAGUGAGAGAAGAUAAAGGGCCAUGGGAGGAAGAGGAAGAGUACGAAGAUCACGACAAGAAGAGGACAAAGUGGGAGGAUGAACAGGAUGAACAGCAGGAGGCAGGAGAGAGUGCAGCAGCGCCAACUUGCGUCAGCCAUCACUUAACUUUGUUGCUCCUGUUGAAUUUAUUAUUAGUAAAGAUAUAUGUUUGAAGAUGGCUUCAAAAGAGAAAGUUAGUUUCAAUUUAGCUGCGGGUAGAUGUGACAUGUCAACACUGCAGUAAAUAUAAUGUUCUAAUUCAAAAUGUAUUUUUUAUUUUAUCCAAGGAUACUGACAUAAACUUGACUUUAUGCACCAUAAAGCUAAUUGCAGUAAUAGGAACGUCUUGCUGAUGCUGUUUGAUAAAUGUGCUAUAAACAGUUGCAAAAUACCACCUGAAAUACAAUACAUGCAGAAAACAUGUCUCAUGAAAACAUUUUACCCAAUCAGAAAAUGAUUGCCUGUCAGUCAAUUAUUCAUUUAUUCGGACUAAACAUUAUUUGUGGCCUAAAUCAGCAGUGUACCCAUUGAAACAGAAGGAAAAAUGGAAUUGCACAGCCAAUAUACAUGCUUGAAUUUAUUCAUUGUAACUCAUAUUGCAGAGAAAUCAUGUGAAAUGCCUUAUAGUUCAUGAAAAAAGGCAGAGCUGGCUUGUCGCAUGAUGAUCCUCCGUUUUGCUUUGUCCACAAAAACCAAAGGCUGCUCAAAAUACAAUACUGCACAUACAUAUAUAGGAGCACAAUUACAAAGACUUGAUGCAUUUUUAAAGACAUCCUUUAUUUCCAAUACCUUGAAUGAACUGUUACUAUACUUUGCGGUAUAUGUACAAAUUUAUAUUUUUGUAUUGUUACUUAUUACUUGUAGUCUUUCCAGGAGAUGUCACAAACCGUUUUGGAGCCUGUUAGGAUGCAGCAUAUAGCUGCUUUUAACUUCAGAAUACAUUCUGUUGGGUUUGUUACCCUGAAGAACAGAAAGACUUUUUAUAUUAUUGAUCUCUGGAUUUUGUAUUUGAUUCUACUUCAUCUCAGUGUGACUGGUAAAUGGCUACUGUCUCUGAAUGUACAACUCCAAGUGCAAGGAAGCACUCAACUGGAUGCAGGAGAUGGCACAAACUAUAUCUGACAGACACAGCCUCUGGAAACUGAGGUCCUUUAAUUUCACCUUUUUACCAAAGUUUACCAGUUUUUUGAUACCUCAGGUUCUCGUGAAACUCUUUAUUCAGUCUCUCUCUCUCUGUGUCCCCCAAAGUGCUUUUCUUUGGAUAAUUCCAAGUAUAAAGCAUACUUAUAACUACGAUGCCAAAGUUGACAAAACAAAGUUGUCAUAUCUAUUCACCAUUUAUCAUUUUAGAACCAGCCUCCAUCAGCAAAUACUGUUUGUUCAGUAAUAAAACUGUAGAUGGUCUAACUUUCAUUAAUGUAUUAGGAAUUUAUUGAUUUUACCAAUCAUAACACAAUGUAAGAAAAUCUUCUAAUUCGGUAUCCUUGUUCCUAACAAAAACAGUUUAAAGAAUCAGAAUCAGAAUCAUGUUUAUUGGCCAAGUAUAUGUGCAGACACAUACAAGGAAUUUGGUUCCGGUAGAUGGUGGCUCUCAAGUCAUUGGCUCAAAGUCAUUAGAUAAUAAAAUUUAAUGUUGUUACUUUUUCUAAAUGAAAUCAAUCCCCUAAAGUUUGCUUUACAUUCAGAGUGAACAAACAGUAUUGAGUAAUGACACUAACCUGAAACAUUACCUUUGGAGAAGUUGGCAGUUUGUUGCAGUUUAAAUAGCUGAUGAAAAGGCAGCCUAUGUUGCUUAUGUAGUCAAAGAGACAGAAGAAAACAGGGGUAGAAGGGGUACUCCAAUAAAUUUUAGUAUUUAACAUUAAGCAACAAUGAAGCACGUCACAUGGACGGCUCAAGCCUGCCUUUAGGUUAGUGUUUUUAGGCUUUUACUUCAGACUUUGUGUAGCAAUUGUAAAUUUCCUGUAGUCACUGUAUUCUUUAUUAAAUCUUAAGAUUGUAAACUACAUAUGUAACAAGGAGUAUGCAACACAUGAAAAAUGUUACCUGACUGUAAAUGCACUGCUAAUAAACACUUUCCAAAGCUA